AUGCUUCGGAAGCUGGACAUCCAGAAGGAGGAGGACCUGCAGGCGGUGCGUGAGGUGGCCGCGCACUUGUUCAGUGACGGGGUGACCAACUGGGGCCGGGUGGUGACGCUCAUCUCCUUCGGGGCCUUCGUUGCGAAGCACCUGAAGAGCAUCCAGCGGGAGCAGUGCAUCAGCUCCCUGGCAGGGAUCAUCACGGACGCGCUCGUCUCCUCCAGGCGCGAGUGGCUGCUGAGCCAGGGAGGUUGGGUGAGUCCCCAGAGCUUCCUGUUUGUGACCUGCUCGCUGGGUGGCAUCAGAAACAUGCUGAUGGCUUUUGCAGGCGUGGCUGGACUGGGAGCGAGCUUGGCCUACAUGAUCCGGUGA